AUGCGAGAGACUUCUCCUGACUUGAUUAAAGAUGCAGAAAUCCAUCAGAAAUUGAACGAAAAGCAACUUUCGUACGAUGAACUAUUUCAUCGUGUUGAUAAGAAUAACGAUGGAAAAAUCGAUGUUGAUGAAUUAAUUGAAUUAUUAGAAAAGGUCGGCGGAGAGACAAUAUCCAAAAAACGUUUCGCUAUUGCACGUCGUAUUAUUAAACAUAGUACUGGAUCGGCAGAUGCAUCUUCUGUGACAUUUCAACAAUUUGUCGAUUAUGUUUUGAAGCAAGAGAAAAAACUUAGUUUAGUCUUUCGAAAAGUCGAUGCCAGUCACCAAGGGAAAUUUGAUGUUGAAGAUUUAGUUUUUUAUUUUAAAAAACUUGGAAUUAAACUUGAGCUGGACGAAGCAAAGAAAUUAGUUGAAAAAAUGGAUCAAGAUAAUUCAUUGCAGAUUUCUUUCGAUGAAUGGCGUUCAUUUUUCAUGAGUAAUCCAGUCAUUCUCGAGACGAUUACUAAUGAUCCACAUGAAAUGCUACAGUAUUGGCGAAGUGCUCCAUAUCUGGACUUGGGUGAUUCACCGUACGGUGCACCAGCCGAUGCUUUAACUGAAGGUGGACUAUGGUGGAAAAAUCUUAUCGCCGGUGGUUGUGCUGGUGCUGUAUCUCGAACAGCAACAGCACCGUUCGAUCGACUGAAAAUUGUGAUGCAGUAUCUGGGUUCAAGACAUCGAAUGUCUAUGAUAAGUGGUUGUCAGUACUUAAUCAAAGAAGGUGGCGUGAAGAGUUUAUGGCGUGGCAAUGGUGUUAAUGUUAUGAAAAUUAUACCGGAAAGUGCACUUCGAUUUGCAGUUUAUGAAGAAUCAAAAAAAAUGCUCAAACGAAUUCAAAAUAAGGAUCUUAGCACAGAAACAACGGUCGGUGAACGAUUCAUCGGUGGAGCCAUGGCCGGUUUUAUUUCUCAAACUGCUGUGUAUCCGCUGGAUGUUUUAAAAGUUCGUUUUUGUCUAAGACGAACCGGUGAAUAUUCGCAUUGGGUAGAGGCGAUGAAACGCAUGUACAAAUUUGAAGGGCCCAAAUCUUUCUGGCGUGGUUAUGUUCUCAAUCAAGUCGGCAUUGUCCCUUACGCUGGAUUUGAUCUCGCAUUCUAUGAGAGUUUGAAACGAUUGUAUAUUGCUAGCCAUAAUAAUCACGAACCACCGACUUACGUAGUUCUUAGCUGUGGUGCCAUUUCAUCAUUUACUGCUCAACUUAUAACAUAUCCAAUUGCUUUGGUUCGAACACGUCGGCAAGGUCAAAUCGUACCAUUACCCAGUAUGGAUCAAAGUAAAGCUCAUCCAAUCUUGCCCGCGACGACAAUGCUCAAAGAAAUUUGGCAUAAGGAAGGCAUUGCUGGCCUCUACCGUGGUCUUGUUCCGAAUAUGCUAAAAGUUAUUCCAGCUGUUUCUAUUUCUUACUUAACCUAUGAAACUGUCUUGAAAGCGAUUUCAUAG